AUGACCGCACAGAGCGAUGGCGAGCCUCCAGAUGGGAAGUUCAGUCACCUCCGGACUUCCAAAUCUAGUCAACGAUUAAACCAGGUCGAGAAAAUCAGAGCGCACGGUUCAACUGGUAAAAGCUCAGUUUUGGAGGGCGUUACGGGAAUACCCUUCCCUCGACAGGAAGGACUCUGUACUCGGUUUCCCAGUGAGAUCAAUCUUCGGCAUACAGAAUGCGAGUCGGUUACGAUUACUGCCAGCAUCAGGCCGCACAUCUCGCGGCCUGCAGAAGUUCAGCAGACCCUCUCUGCGUAUCGCAAACAAUUGAAGGAUAUGUCAGAGUUGCCUGGUGUUAUCGAAGAGGUGUCAAGGUUGAUGAAUAUUCGUGGAUAUUGCGACAACGAAAACGCCAGCGCCUUCUCUGUUGAUGUUCUUCGAAUAGAGGUCACCGGUCCAAUUGGAUUGCACCUCAGUGUGGUGGAUUUGCCAGGGCUCAUAUCUGUUGCCAACGAAGAGCAAACCGAAGAAGAUGUCGAAGCUGUACACAAUAUGCCUGAUUUAAUAAAUCAUGGCAGCGAAGCCAAAAUCGUACUUGUGGCGAAGAAUAAAGACAAUAUUAAGCUCAAACUGGGAUUCUUUCUCCUUAAGAAUCCCAGUCCUGCUGAGCUCAAAGAAUGUGUCACUAUGGCUGCACGUUCGAACCUAGAGCGGCGGUUCUUCUCUGGUCCGGCCUGGGCUAACCAAAAUCUCGAUAUGAGUCGGGUAGGCGCAGAGAAUCUCCGGAUUUUCCUUCAAGAUCUUCUCGAUACUCAUAUAGAGAGAGAAUUACCCAAAGUGAGAGAAGAGAUUAAGAAGCUGUUGGCUGAGAGAGAUGCUGAGCUUAGGUCUCUCGGAGAGGCCAGGCCUACAACCGAUCUCAUUAGGAAUUUCCUCACAGCCCUUAGCAUGAGAUUUUAUGAGCUCUUGCAGGCCGCGCUUGAUGGAAACUAUCACAGUAUCGAUACUAGGUUCUUUUCAGAGAGCGAUAUAUCGAGACUACGAGCACGCGUGCAGAAGUCAAACACCAAGUUUGCAACCUACAUGCGAGAGUCUGGGAAAAGACGAAAAUUAAAAAUUGAAGUCAAUCGUGACAAUACGGUGCCGGAGUCUGACGACUCGGAAGAUGACAAAUUGGAUGACAUUACGACACAACUUAUUGUAAACAAAGCGGGAAUGGUGCGAUGGGUGAAAGAGGCAUAUGCGCGUACAAAAGGAAAAGAGUUGCCUGGGAACUACAACUCGGCGCUCUUGGCCGAACUGUUUCACGAGCAAUCGCGUCGCUGGCCUAUUAUUGCAGAAUCCCACAUCGAUGCUAUUCUCAAGAUAGUUUCGGAGUGGAUUCAGCUGGCUGUCGAAAGACUCAUCCCCGAAGAGAGUAUGCGAGCUCAAGUCCACUCAAUACUGCAGCAAUGGCUUGAAGAGACCGAGAAGAAUGCACUCAGUGAGCUAGAAAAGCUUAUCGAGGACGAACGACGCAGUCCGUUGACGUAUAAUCACUACUAUACGGACAAUGUCCAAAAAGCUCGGCUGGACGCGCAGAAGAAAGCGGUGGAAAAUGCCGUUUCUGCUGAAAGAGACGUUCACGGAAAGUUACAUGUUAGUAACGUUCAUGUGGAUAUCCAGAAGUUCAUCGCUGCAGUUGGGUCUCGCAUUACUGUGGAUAUGGAUGAGCAGGCAUGCCACGAGGCGAUCACAGAGUUGGACGCGUACUACAAGGUUACAAUGAAGACUUUUGUCGAUAACGUCGCGAGACAAGUCAUCGAGCGCCACGUUAUAGCACCCUUGCCAAAUGCUUUCUCUCCAAAUUCUGUUUCUCAACUAUCCGAAGAAGACUUGCUCCGAAUCGGUUCAGAGUCUGAGAAACAGAUCGCCAGACGGGAGAAGCUGGCAUUGCAGGUGCAGGGCUUGAAGAAGAGCCUGAGAGAUUUGCAAAAGAGCUCAUUGUGA